AUGGACCCCGGUUUCCUUGACGCAAAUAUUCCCACCGCCAGGAGGUGGUUUUGCACUAUCGAUACAAGGGCUAAAUGCCAUGCCUGUGGCCUGCCAUUUGACCUUGUUCACGUCUUUGAUUCUUCUGGAGAAGAUACCUUCCCGGAGGGACAGAAGGCGGCGGCGGAUGAACAUCGUACUUUUUGUCCCAUUAUAAGAGUCGAGGGUUGGAGUACCGAUAUAACCGAAAUGCGCCACCCCGGAGACUAUCGGGACCAACUUGUCGAUGCUUUGAACAGGGGAGAUGAUAUCAUGUCCAUAAUGGGGGAAGACCACUAUGAUGAGCUUAUUCGGCCCAGGCUAUCUCGAGAGCGAAUCGCUGCUUACCAAAGAUACCUCAACAGAAAGGCUCUUGCGGCCCAAGUUAUGUUGAAGCAUUGCCCCAAAUGCCUGAGAGCCAGUAGCACAACCUUAAUGGGGAAGCGAAUGCACGAGAGAGUUUGUCAGUUGACACGAUUUGACUGGGUUACUCUUGCGGAAGUACAACCGCUCCGAACCCAAGAAGGUGUUGAUGGGCGCGAGAUGGUAAUGAAUUCCAAUGGGUCACUCGAAAGCAGGUUUAGAGUCUUGGCUCCGGGUGAGAAGGCUAGACUUGAAAGAAAAUACCAACGACAACUUUACACUCGGUUGAACAUGGACGAAAAAAACCUCGAGCUAUUGGGUGAUGACAACGACUCCGAGGAUGUCCCCUCAGACCAGGACGACAACCAAAUUCCGCGUCGGCAUGGACCUCGCAGGCGCCGCCCCCACCGCCGACCGAUCCACAGUGACAACAGUGAUGACGAAAAUGACUACGGGCCCGGCCGUGGCCGUGGCCGUAUCGCCAGCCGCCGUAUUCCUACACUUGAGGAGUACAACCGUUGGCAUGAGGAGGUGGCUCCAACUAUACUGGCCCGCAACAAUGAUUCAACAGAGCAGAUGUUGUCUAGAUUUCAAAUGGAGUUUCAGGAGAUGCUCCGCCGAAACGACCCUAUCGCAAUCGGCGUUCCGGCUCCGCAGCCUCGCCCCCCGCUUGGGACCCCGCUUCCGGCUAAUGAGAGAAAGACCCUACUGGCGAGAAAGACUCCCAGGACGAGAGAGAAAAAUACAGCUACCACCGGCCAGUCUCGGCCUAGGAUCGCUCCACUCCGGGCCGACUCUGCUGGUGCUGGCGAUGUUCGUGCUGGUCCACUUAGAACUAAUAUUCGGGCCCUCUCAGAAGCUGAUGCAGAGAGGCCUAUUAUUACCGAACCCAAUCUAGCGCUUCAGAGGGCAUACGAUAGGAUACCAGAAGGUCUCAUAUCCGCUCUGGAAGGGACGGGGCUGAAUGAUAGCCGGCUAGGCUUUGGUUGGAGGGUACACACCCUCAGACUGUUGAGCCCAGCUUGGAAUGCCCAAAACGCGCGGGCAGAUGCGCUCCUAAAACAGAAGAUGGAGGGGAAAGUAGUCACUGCACGGGAUACUCGUCCGGCACUUCAAAUGUAUAUCGAUUUUUUCUCGACUGGGGGUCUCAUCACCGUUGGAUCCAGAUCUCUAAGCUUUCUGGAAAUUCUGUGCUAUCCGGAUGCCACGCUUGAGACCGAUCAGUUAUUUAUGCAGCUUCUCUUUCCAAUCGAUUCGGCUCCACGAUUCAAUCCAUCAAUAUCUCUAAUGCCAACCGGCCUUCGCAGAGCUAUGGCUACAACCCCAACACUCAUAGGGUGUUUCAUGCUAGGGUUGCGUAGAGUAAUGGCAUUCUGGGGGUUUGAGUUCCGCGGUACAAGCUCGACUGGGAGACCGUUAUGGCGGCUUGUUCCAAACUUCCUUCCCGCAAAUCAUGCGUGGACACGGCGGGUGGAUCAUAAUCACCAACGAUUUACUCGCUUAAUCAGGUGCUUGCACUUAAUAGGAGGGUCCCGUGGUGCGAGAUCAAUAUAUAGAUGCAUCACCAGGGCCAUCAGGGAGAGGAACCUUCCAGUAAACGAGCGGUCCCAAAGGCUCUGGAGAAGAACGGCGCUGGGACCACUCAACAUGGAUCCACUCGCCAAAGCAUACCCACCCGACACCGACUUUAGGACGGACUCGGAACCAGAGGAAGCUGGAGAGGGGAGGAGCCACCGUCCCAGAAGCCUAAGUGGAAGCCUAAGUGGAAGCCUAAACGGAAGCCUAAACGGAAGCCUAAACGGGGGCGGGGACGGUAGGGGGGGUGGAGCAGGGUCGGUAGGUUCCCCGGUAGAUUCCCAAAAUCUCAGCUGGGAGAGAGCAAUGGACCCUGCAUAUAACGACAAUGGUGACUCGGAAGAUGAUCCCCACAUUGCCGACAUUUCCUCCUCCUCUGAGGGCUUCUUAGACCCGCAUGAGCGCGACGUGGACUUUAUCCCGAAGAGAUUGCCAUCCUCCCCCAUCGACACCAGAGAAGUGCCCGCGAUACAGCCACAGGAAACACAGCAGACGUCAGAAAGCAAUCGAACCCCGGUCGGUCAAAGACCGAGACCAAGGAUAGAGAGGAGGUACGUCCCACCGCCUACCCGGACGGCAAGAGCAUCCGAUGAUUUCAGGCACGUCGAGCGACGGAUAAUACCAUCCGAGGAGCGGGCCAGAUUGGAGAAGCUUAGGGCCGCAGCAUUGAGGGAGUCGAACCCGGACAUUACGAAGGUCGUCAAGCGUGGGUUGUAGUUGGAGUCACUGCUGGGGAUAUGGGAGAUUGCGAUAUUCAGCUAGGUAGUUUAUUGGCAAGCUCGUUCUCUGGACAGCUUGUCCACAUUGUGUUGUUUUUCCCUGUCGAAUUUGUGAUUUAGAGGCGAUACAUCCGAUAGGAGAUAGUAACUCAGUUGAGACGGUGUCUAAAGGAGCCUCAACUGACCCAGCUGGACAAGCUUCCCCUCCACUGAUUCCGUAUACCCGAGGUCCGUCAAGCGAGGCAUUAAGCCUCCCCUCCUUCCAAGUGUGAUGUGCCCACGAGAAAAUAGCGUGGAAAGCACCACCCUCCGGAAAACAUAACAUCUGUUACAGGUCGUGGAUCGAUGGUGGAAAAUUGUGGUUGACACUAGAAGUUCUAGGAGUCUGCUGGAUCGCUUAGGGAUGUAAUAGAUUGUUCUAGAGCUCUAGCGGUUUACAGAGAAGAGUCUCUAGACAUGCCUUUCCUUCAGUAUCACGGUAGUGUGCGGAAGAGCGGAGACAUAUGCGGGGAAACAGAGAGAGGCGUCGUGAUGGAUGGAAGGAUCAGAAUGGUUUAAUUACUUUUCAUUUAUACACCUGUCUUUACCGUUAGUUUAGAUAGGGAGAAGAAGAAGCGUUGAGGAAGAAGAGAAC